AUGGCCCUGACCCGACCCGUCGAUCCGUUCGCCUCCCUGACGUCUGAUCAGAAGGCGCUCCUGCACCAUUUCCUCAACGACGCCUCGCAGGUCACGGCGAGCCACUCGGGCAUGCAACAGGACAUCUGCAAGAUGCUGGUUCCCAUGGCGCUGCAGACGCCGUCACUUCUGUAUGCUACGAUGGCGCUCUCCGCGAUCCACCUACAGUCGCUACACAACCAGUCGGAGAACGUGAAGUCGGCACCGGACAUCGCGCGGCUGAUGGCCUUCAGCCUGGAACACUUCCGCAAGGAGCUGCAGAACCCGGCCGACAAGAGCUCGGAAGCGCUGCUCGCCACGGCGCGCACGCUAUGUCUCGCCGAGAUCCACUCGGGCGCCAUCCACCCCAACUCCUGGCGCGCACACAUCGAAGGCGCCAAAGCGCUGAUGGACACGGCUGACCACCAGGGAGGCCUGUCGCCGCGGUCGUCCGCCGGUUUUCGUCGCUACCUGGACCGGUGGUACUGGUCGAUUGUGUCGCUGACGGCGCUGACGGGCAACGGUCGGCCGAUUGGCUACGGCUCGGAGCCGCCCUGCGCGACGACAGACAUGGGUCAGUCCGCCGCGCCGGACUACCUGGACGAUUACUGGGGGUUCACGGUGAGCCUGGCGACGAUCUUCCGGGAGAUUGGGGCGGCGGCAUGGCGGAACCACCAGGGUCGGCAGGCGGCGCAGGCGACGGUCGUCGACGGGACGGAGGUGACGGUGCACAGUGAGGCGGCGGCGCUGGAGUCAUCGCUGCGCAGCUUGAUGGACCAAGGGGCCGGGGCGCCGCCGGCGUUCUAUCCCGGGGUGGCAGAGGGACUGUCGGCAGAGUGCAUCCGCCAGCUAAGUCUGUGUAAUGAGGCGUUCCAGCACAGCGCGCUCAUCCAGAUCCAUCGGCGGCUGCGGCAGACGCCGGCGUCGUCGCCGGAGGUGCAGCGGUCGGUGAAGCGGAUUCUCGAGUGCACAGCGCUGAUCGGGCCGUCGCCGGGUCUCAGUCCAUGGGUGAUGCUUACGACGCCGCUGUUUAUCGCGGGGUGUGAGGCGCGCGGUGAGGACCGCGACCAGGUGCGCCAGUUGCUUUCCUCGCUGCACGAUACGAUUCACAUUCCCAAUGUGAUGCAGUCGCUGAAGUUCCUGGAGCAGUUCUGGUCGAAUCAGCUGGAUGAGAACGAGGGCUGGAGUCAGUAUCUUGAUCGUAUGAGGUUUGAUUUCAUUCCAUACUGA